GUGCUUCCUCCCGGUAAACCCCGCCUCCACGUUUCCAUGCAUUGGCGCGCUUCCCCUGCGCUCUCUGCUCCUGCUCCUCCCCGGGUGGUGCUGGACUGACUCUGUAGCGGGCUGCGGGUGAAAACACAGCAGGCAUGAGUGCGGCGGGUAGUGCUCGGUCCGGUCCGGCGGCCGGCCCGGUCCAGCAGGGACUGAAAGAGGCUCUGAUCGAGACCCUGACGGCGAUCCUGUCCCCGGUUCAAGAAGUACGCGCCGCCGCGGAGGAGCAGAUCAAAGUGCUGGAAGUGACAGAGGAGUUUGGCGUCCACCUGGCAGAGCUCACAGUCGAUCCUCAGGGAGCGCUCGCCAUCCGUCAGUUAGCAUCAGUCAUCCUGAAGCAGUAUGUGGAGACUCACUGGUGUUCUCAGUCGGAGAAGUUCAGGCCUCCUGAAACCACAGAUCAGGCUAAAGCUGCCAUCAGGGAGCUGCUGCCGGCCGGUCUGCGGGAGUCCAUCAGCAAAGUGCGCUCCAGCGUGGCGUACGCCGUGUCGGCCAUCGCUCACUGGGACUGGCCCGAGGCUUGGCCGCAGCUCUUCACCCUGCUGAUGGAGAUGCUGGUCAGCGGAGACGUCAACGCCGUGCACGGGGCCAUGAGGGUCCUCACAGAGUUUACUCGGGAGGUGACAGAUACUCAGAUGCCGCUGGUGGCUCCAGUCAUCCUCCCUGAAAUGUACAAGAUCUUCACCAUGGCCGAGGUUUACAGUAUUCGUACUCGCUCCAGAGCGGUGGAGAUAUUCACCACCUGUGCCAACCUCAUCUGUGCUAUUGAAGAGCUUGAAAAGGGUGCAGCCAAAGCGCUGAUCUUCCCCGUGGUGCAGCAGUUCACAGAAGCGUUUGUGCAGGCUCUGCAGAUGCCUGAUGGUCCGUCGUCUGACAGCGGCCUGAAGAUGGAAGUCCUGAAGGCGGUGACAGCGUUGGUAAAGAACUUCCCCAAACCCAUGGUGUCGUCUAUGCAGCAGAUCUUACCCAUCGUGUGGAACACACUGACUGAAAGUGCAGCUUUUUAUGUAAGAACAGAAGUCAACUACACAGAGGAAGUGGAUGAUCCAGUCGACUCAGAUGGUGAGGUUCUGGGUUUUGAGAAUCUCGUGUUCAGCAUCUUUGAGUUUGUCCACACGCUGCUGGAGAACAACAAGUUCAAGAGCACAGUGAAGAAAGCCCUGCCCGAGCUCAUCUACUACAUCAUCCUGUACAUGCAGAUCACUGAGGACCAGAUCAAAGUGUGGACGGCUAACCCUCAGCAGUUUGUAGAGGAUGAGGAUGAUGACACCUUCUCCUACUCUGUCAGGAUCUCUGCUCAGGACCUGCUGCUGGCGGUUGCUGCAGAGUUUCAGAAUGAGAGCGCAGCAGCGCUGGCAGCAGCAGCAACCAGACACCUCCAGGAGGCAGAGCAGGCCAAGAACAGUGGCAACGAGCACUGGUGGAAGAUCCAUGAGGCCUGUAUGUUGGCUCUCGGUUCAGUCAAAACCAUCAUCACAGAGAAUGUGAAGAACGGUCGUAUCCAGUUUGACAUGCAUGGUUUCCUGGCCAGUGUUAUCCUUGCUGAUCUCAACCUGGCAGCGGCGUCUCCGUUCCUCCUCGGCCGGGCUCUGUGGGCGGCCAGUCGCUUCACAGCGGCCAUGUCUCCUGAGCUCAUCCAGCAGUUCCUCCAGGCCACCGUCAGCGGGCUCCAUGACAGCCAGCCGCCCUCCGUCCGCAUCUCCGCGGUCAGGGCCAUCUGGGGGUACUGUGAUCAGCUGAAGCUGUCAGAGAGCACCCAUGUCCUUCAGCCCUUCCUCCCCAGCAUCCUGGAGGGACUGGUGCAGCUGGCGGCCCAGUUCAGCUCAGAGGUGCUUACCCUCGUCAUGGAGACGCUGUGCAUCGUCUGCACCGUCGACCCGGCCUUCACCACCAGCGCCGAGAACAAGAUCUGCCCCCUGACCAUCGCCAUUUUCCUUAAAUAUAACAAUGACCCUGUGGUGGCGUCUCUGGCUCAGGACAUCUUCAAGGAGCUGGCUCAGAUCGAAGGCUGUCAGGGCCCCAUGCAGAUGCGUCUCAUCCCCACGCUGGUCAGCAUCAUGCAGGCUCCCCCCGACAAGAUCCCCUCUGGACUCUGUGCUACGUCCAUAGACAUCCUGACCACAGUUGUGCGAAACACCAAACCUCCUCUGUCAGAGAUGCUGGUGUGCCAGGCGUUUCCUGUGGUGGCACAGUGCACGCUGCGUACUGACGACAACACCAUCAUGCAGAACGGCGGCGAGUGCCUGCGGGCGUACGUGUCGGUCGCCCUGGAGCAGGUCGCUCAGUGGAGGGACGAGCAGGGGAACAGCGGCCUCUGGUACGUCAUGCAGGUGGUCAACCAGCUGCUGGACCCCCGGACCUCCGAGUUCACGGCCGCCUUCGUGGGCAGGUUGGUGUCCACUCUGAUCUCUCGGGCGGGAACCGAGCUCGGGGAACAGCUGGACCAGAUCCUCCGAGCGAUUCUGAGCAAGAUGCAGCAAGCUGAGACUCUGAGCGUCAUGCAGUCUCUGAUCAUGGUGUUCGCCCACCUGGUUCACUCCCAGCUGGAGCCUCUGUUGGAGUUCUUGUGCAGUCUGCCCGGACCGACGGGGAAACCUGCCCUGGAGUUUGUCAUGACAGAGUGGAUGAGCAGACAGCACCUCUUCUAUGGACAGUACGAGGGCAAAGUCAGCACGGUGGCGCUGUGUAAGCUGCUGCAGCACAGCCUCAACACUGACGACAAACGUCUCCAGGACAUUGUGGUGAAGGGAGAAGAGAUCUACAGCCCUGAAGACGGCAUCCGCACACGAUCCAAAUCUGCCAAAAACCCAGAGCGGUGGACCAACAUUCCUUUGCUAGUGAAGAUCUUUAAACUGAUCAUCAAUGAGCUGUCGACGGUGGUGGAGGCAAACGCCAGCAGAGCGAACGCAGGAGACUGGAGUCAGGAUUCCAGCGGCAUGUGGGAGGAGCAGGAGGAGGAAGAGGGGGAGGAUGAUGAUGAGGAGGAUGAAGGGCUGGCAGGGCAGCUGCUCUCUGAUCUCAUCGCCUCCAACAAAUACGAAGAUGAUUAUUAUGAGGACGAUGAGGAGGACGAUCCAGAUGCCUUGAAAGACCCCAUAUAUCAGAUUGAUCUGCAGGCCUACCUGACAGACUUCCUGACUCAGUUCGCCCAGCAGCCGUGUUACAGCAUGUUCUCAGGCCACCUCAACAACGCCGAGAGACAAACCCUGCAGUCUAUAGGCCUCUAGCCCCCCCCCCCUCCGUCUGCCGCUCCGACACAUCUUCCUCCAUCUACAGCCCUCACACUCUCUCCUGCCCCCACCACUUGCGCUCUCAUGAUGAAUUUACCACCCAGCGAAAGAAAGAAGAAAAGAAUGUUUUGGGAUGUUGAUCCCAGCAGAGGGAGAGGACGGGGCGGGGAAGAGACACGUGCACUUACCCAUGAUCCCCUGUUUCUCCAUACUGGUGAUGGGAUGAAGGACUUUGCAGAUGUUAAAGAGAGGAGGAGGAGAGAGACUGAGUCAGAGGACUCGCCUUCAGACCGGACGGAGAGGAUUGAGUAAAGGAGUGUUUGAGGCUUGGUGGUCGGACAGGUGAACCAUGAGACAUGAACGGACUGUGUCCUGUUUGUAACUUAGCCCGUUAUUUUUGUGUUUCUGUAUAAACAAAGUGAAAUGCAACAAAGAAAAGACUUCCAAGAGACUUUACACUGAUUGAAGGAAAGUUUAAAAACAAACAUGUUUGGAGAGGGAGAGGAACGAUGGCGGCCUUAUAUUCCUGAAAACGCUGACUUUCUGACGGGAGGUGAGAAGCUCUCAGACCGGCUGUCCUGUCUCGGGGUACGGUGGGUAUUUGGGAAUUCACACUGUUGCCAUGGUGAUUCACAGCCUUGUCAUUUCCUUGUACCCAUUGAAAUUUGGGAUGGAAAAAUUUCUAAAUAAAAGUCCCGAAUGGACAACGCUUCCA